AUGAGUGAAGCAGGGCUGCGUCCUCGCGCUCACCCUCAUCAGUCUCAUUUCCUCUGCCAUGCUAAUGGACGCCGACCGAAACAGACGCCCUCAGAUCCGCGUCGCCUACAGAACGGAUGGCGAGUGCACUCCCGAUGGCGUUUAUCGACAACGACCGUCCAUGAAUUUCUCUCCGCCGACAACUGCGCAAUCAACGCCACCUCUGAAGUUGACAUACAACGGAGCAUUGAUUUCUUUGUUGCUGCCUGCGAUAACUUCGGUCUGGUCAUCAACACGGAGGAGACGGUGGUUAUGCACCGACCGCCACCCAACGCUGCCUACAACGCACCUCAAAUCAACGUGAACGGCACCCAAACGCAAGCCAUGGGCAAUUUCACCUAUCUGGGCAGCAUCCUUUCUCGCAACACCAAAACCGACGAUGAAGCGGCAGCCGGAUUUCCAAGGUCAGCCAAACCUUCGAUCGUCUACAAAAGACAGUCUGGAAUCGACACAGUCUCCAUCUCAACACCAAACCGAAGAUGUAAAAAACAAUCAUUCUGCCGACGCUGCUGUAUGGAGCGGAAACAUGGACAGUGUAUAAGAAGCGGGCGUGGAGACUCAACUACUUCCGCCUUAGCUGUCUACGACGAAUAUUGAAGCUGAGGUAGCAGGUCCGGUUCCAGGACACGCACGUACUGCAGCGGACGGGAAUCCACAGUAUCUAGGUCAUGUUGAGACAACUGAAACUGCCUGGAGCGACGACCUUGUGCGCAUGGAUGAUGAGCGGCUACACAAACGGCUCUUCUAUGGAGAUGUCGCCACGGCUUCCCGCCGAAAAUGAGAUCAAGUUCGGCGCUGCAGAGAUACGUUGAAGACCUUCUUGAAGCGCCUGCAAAUAAGCCUAUCCAACUGCGAAGACCUCGGCGGGGACAGGCCGACCUGGAGGAGGACAGUGAAGACCGGCGCGAUAAUCUACGAAGCCAACAGCUUCACCGCCGCCAAGGUCGAACGUGAAGCUCGCAAAUGCCAACUACCUCCACCUCGCAACACCAACGAUCAAUCACCACUGAGCUGCCUACGAUGCCUGCGGACGUUCCGGACACCAAAUCCAGCAUCCGGACGACACCACCAAAUGUGACACUGCAAACUUCUGCCUCGCCUCCCUCGACGCCAAUCGACACUGACCUCAGUUCUUCACGUCCACUACCAUCCUCCUUCUCCAAUGCCUCAACAUCCGCUACGGCGGCUACUUUACCCACUACCACCGCACACCAUCCUGACGCACCGUCAAACAUCAACCUUACCACCGUUAACACCACCGAUGUGAACUCGAUCCAUGCCUGUCCCCGUUGCGACCCCACCUUCACCUCACACAUUGGCUUCGUUGGUCACUUGCGAUCCAUCGCAUAG